AUGCUGUACAGGCGUGACGAUGUGGCGCAGCUGUACCAGCGGAUCAGGGAAUGCUCUGCCGCGAGCCCCGCCGCCGUCACGGUGCUCAUCCUCGUCUCGCUUGAGGCCGAUGGGGUUGUCACGUGCGCGAUGCUGACGAAGCUGCUCGAGCAGGACGAGAUACCGCACAAGGUGAAGCCGAUUAAGGACUACGGCGCACUCGGCGAGGUCUUCGAGAACGACAUCGUGGACGAUGCAGAGCUGCGCAACAUUGUGCUGCUGCAGUGCGGAGCGAUUGUCGACCUGUUUGACAUGCUCGGCGGCAGGCUGGCGGAGAUGGAUGCGGAGCGGGCGGGCGGGCCGCGCUCCUUCGAUGAGACGCCGCACCCUGAGUGCCGCUUUUGGAUUUUGGACUCGCACCGACCUGUCGCUGUUGAGAAUGUGCAGUACUACGCCUCCUCGUGGCGCGCCGCCGCCUCCGCCGUCCUCAUGUACCGCCUCGUCACCGACCUGAACCGCACGUCAAACUGCAUGCUCUGGCUCGCGGCGGCGCGCGAGGAGGUGCAGCAGCGCGGCAUCGAGCGCUCCAAAGAGCUCAUGCGCGCGAUGAUCUCGACGGGCCAUUCCGUCCUCGCGACGAGGAACUUCGAGCAGCUCGGCGACUUUACGCAGGCAGAGGCGGCAGAGGCGGCGGGGCCGCCGCGCGUGCCCGUCAUCCUGCGCGAGUCGGUGGAGACUGAGAAGUUCACGCAGGAGCAGUCGCUCACGAAGCUCGCCCUCUUCCUCGCCGACGCGCUGCGCGAGACGCGCAAAAACUCGAAGGAGGCCAUCCCGGUCCUGAUCGCAGCGCCGAAGAAGGACCGUACGCACCUCGUCGUCGCGGUGCUCGGCUCGGCGCGCUUCUGGGGCCCCAGCGGCGGGCGAAACGCGUUCGGGAAGGCCUUCCUCGAGGCAGCGCGAGACCCGCGCGUCAAGGCGCGCGUGGCGCACGAGUCCUUCGAGUCCGCCGUCUGCCGCGUCGCCUCGGACGAUUUGCGCAACUUCCUCGAGGGGGUCGCCCUCAACUACGAUGUCGCAUAG